AUGCGCAGCAUUGGCGUGGGCAUAGAUAUUUUGUUCUCGAUGUUAUCAAAAAGGGCCUCCACCACGAGGUUGACUCCGCGCUUGUCUUCGGGCCUAUUAAUCGCAUCCGCAGCUGUCCUCUUUGUCCUCCUCAGCUACCUCACAUUAUACGCGCCAGAAAUCGCCGAGCCCAAGGAGCGCAAGUCGAGGACGCGCCCGCUGAGCCAGUAUGCCAUCGUCGCGGGGCAGCAGGGGAUGGGCGGCGAGGGGGAGCGGCCCGCGCGGGCGGCCGCGUCGAACCGCACGCUGGGCUUCGGGUCCAUCCAGUUCCUGAACCUGCCGCACCGCCACGACCGCGCCGACGCGGCCUUCCUCCAGGCCUACCUCACCGACCUCGAGCUCACGCGCUUCCCCGCCGUCCGGGCCGAGGACCUGCGCGACCAGGGGCUCCCGCCCACGGAGCAGCCCGCCCGGCUCAACAUUCGCGAGAAGGCCUGCUACCGCGCGCACGCAAACGUCUGGCAGCACAUGGUCGAGCACCGCGUCCCGGCCCUGAUGGUGCUCGAGUCGGACGCCGCGUGGGACGUCGGGCUCAAGGAGAUCAUGGCGACGCUCAACGGGCCGUUCCGCGACCUGAUCGCUGAGGCUACAGGCCAGGCCGCCGCUGCACCCCCGGACCCGUCGGACCCCUGGAUGGCGGGCAGCGGCGCCUGGGACGUGCUGCACCUCGGCGGCUGCUCCGACACGUGGAGGGAGGGCGACCCGUACCGCAUCUACGCGGACCCGCGCGCGCCCGCGGCCAAGGGCCCGUUCGACAACCUGCCGGCCCAGACGCGCGAGCGCCGGGCCGUCUUCCGCGCGUACCACAUGGCCUGCCCGACGGCGUACGCCGUGACGCUGCGCGGGGCGGCCAAGCUGCUGCUGCGCACGGCGUGGAACCUCGAGGAGCCUGUGGACCUGGCCAUGAGCCUCAUGUCCAUGACCGGCGAGCUCAAGGUCUACAGCGUCCGCCAGCGCAUCUUUGCCCAGUGGGCCUACGUGCCGGGCAUCGGCAUGGGCGCGCGCGGCGCCAACAGCGACAUUAACAACCAGCCCGCCGACGACGGCAUGGACGGCUGGGAGGAGGCCAAGCGGACGCACAGUGUCUGGGGGUACAAGGAGCAGCUGUACCAGGACACGGAUUUCAAGCAGAUGGCCAUGCACGCGGCCUGGGACAGGAUCAUCGGGCCGAAGGAGCCGCCGAGGGGGGACGGGGGAUCGUUGCCGUCGUUGCCAUGAGGCCGGGUAGAGCCCCGGAUGUCUAAAAUUUCCCUUGUUCUUUGCAUUACCAUGAUGAAAGCCUUUGUUUUUUGUAACCCAAAUACCUCCUGCGAUGAUUUAACUUUGAAUUUAAAAAUUUGCCCGUAGGCUGUUCUAGGGCUGACCCGUGA